AUGGACCCCAUCGACGCCAUUCGCCAGGGGCUGAACCCAGGCAACUUGUUCAUAUGCCUCGGCGUCAGCUACCUCUUAGCCAGAUAUCUAGCACCCUCCUGGCUUGAUGCAGGAGGUUUCACCACGGGGCCCCCUCAAACACGCGUCCAAGUUAUACUUACCACCGGGUUAUUUUUCCUCACUCUGGCCUCCACGCUGUGGCUUAACCUGGUGGACAAAUUCGUCCCUGAACCAUACCUCGAUGAGGUAUUCCACAUCCCACAAGCCCAGACAUACUGUGAUGGUCGCUUCUGGGACUGGGACGACAAGAUCACCACGCCCCCUGGCUUGUACUUUCUAUCCGUGGCACUUCACAGACUGGGCCAAUCUGAGAAAUGCGAUCCCCGUGCCCUCCGAUCUGCCAACUCCCUCGCGGCUGUGCUCAUCGCUGUGGUAGCGGCGCAAUGCAAACACCUAGUUGAGGUCCGGGCCGCGGAACGCCAAGGCACGAAGGUGUCCCAUGGCCUCUCAUUCAACGCGUUCUACACGGGGCUCAACAUUGCCCUGUUCCCCGUCAUCUUCUUCUUCUCGGGAUUGUACUACACCGACGUCGUUUCCACGCUCACGGUGCUAGUCGCGUAUCAGAAUCAUUUGCAGCGCGUGGGCCCGCGGCCACCGGGGCUGAUCAACGAUGUCUGGACGGCUUUGUUGGGCGUUAUGGCACUUUUCACGCGUCAAACGAAUGUCUUUUGGCUGGUUGUGUACAUGGGUGGGUUAGAGACGGCGCAUAUUUUGCGGUCGAUUGAGGCAAGUCCUUUGGUGAAGUUGCACGACCCGUCGCUGAACAGGUCAGGACCGGAAGAUUGGUUCCUAUGCACGGUCACACUAGCGUUUGCGGCUAUCGCCAACCCACUUCGUGUGGUCCGCCAAAUUUGGCCACAUAUCACCGUCCUCGGCCUCUUCGCCGGUUUCGUCGCCUGGAAUGGCGGUGUCGUGCUGGGAGACAAAUCCAACCACAUCGCCACCAUCCACCUGGCGCAAAUGCUUUACAUCUGGCCGCUGUUUGCGUUCUUCUCAGCGCCCCUCGCUAUCCCGUCGAUCCUCUUCGGGCUUACUCGGCCCAUUCAAUACACCAAAUCCCAUGUCCAUCUCACCUCAGCCCGCAACGCGCUGACAUCCAUCCCGUACCUGCUCUUAACCCUCGCCGUUUCGCUCGCGGUUGUCCAGUACAACACCAUCAUCCACCCCUUCACGCUAGCUGACAACCGGCACUACAUGUUCUACGUCUUCCGCUACACCAUACUCCGCUCUCCUGCGAUCCGAUUAGGUCUCAUCGCAGCUUACACCGCCUCCCGUUGGCUGAUGUGGGAUCAGCUAGCGGGGAUUUCCCACGGGCCUACCGUAACCGAAGAAGCCACUCCCUCGUCAGCGUUGACAGACGAAAAAGCACAACAACAAACCAAGUCGUCAAACCAACAACCGGAUGCCGAACCAAACCCACUUCCCUGGCUGACUACCACAUCCACCUCUCACGUAGCCUCUACCAUCCCACCACAAACCUCCACCGCCCUCCUCUGGCUACUCACCACCUCGCUCUCACUCAUCACCGCGCCCCUCGUCGAACCACGCUACUUCAUCCUACCGUGGGUUUUCUACCGGCUGCUGGUACCCGCGUGGUCCAUUUCUGGACCGGCUCCAACCGGAAAUGGAUCCGCCGCUGGGAAAGAGAGCUCAUCAAGGAAAGCAGACACAAGGGCGAUGGGUUCUGGUCCCCUAGCGUGGGUUCGUGGGGUAGGAGCUAAAGUUGAUGUCAGGCUUGUUGUGGAGACGGCGUGGUUUGUGGGGAUUAAUGUGGUUACUAUGUAUGUGUUUUUAGCUAGGGGGUUUUAUUGGAAGGGGCCGGACGGGGAGUUGUUGGAUGAGGGGAGGGUGCAGAGGUUUAUGUGGUAG